GCAGAACACAAAACGAGCAGCUGUGUCGUCACAUCCGCAAAUUUGUAACAUGGAUCCAGGCGGUUUGAAGCUCAAUUUCUGGGAGAAUGGGCCAAAACCCGGACAAUUUUAUUCAUUUCCAGGCAGCAGUUUAGCCCCAGGAUGCGGACCUAUCAAACACACUCUGUAAGUAAAUCCUUUUGAGUGGAGAUCCCUAAUAAUGUCAUCCCACUUUCGAUUUCCUCUAUACACUGCAGUGCUGUAUCAUCAUGGUGGAGUUAGCCGAAGUAGUUAGCUAGUUAUGUUAGCUCACUGACUACUGCACUGUUAUUUAGUUGGGCUACUAGCUAGUUAGCUAUCUAGUUAAACUUAAUCUGUCCUCGCGCUUUCUUAUUCUAUUUCCAACAAAUUGACUGACGUGCAAAUUGCCCAUCUAUGCCUUGCAAGUUAUCUACCUAAUCAUGUUGUGUUUAUGGUAGCUAAUGCUAGUAUGACAUGGCAGUGAGGUAGCUAUCUAGUUAACAAAACUCACUAUAAUAAAGAAUGCUGUAGAAUCAUAGAAGCAUAUUAUGUAGCUAGUCCUACUCCCGCCAUAUAUAAUGUUUAUAUAUGCGCGUGCAUGAGUCUGCAUGUAUGAGUCUAAAUGGACGUUCAGCAUGCAUCCCUCUGUAUUACAUUUUUAGUGUAACGUUAGCUAAUAAGACUUACCCAUGACAAACUUUCUACAUUUUUCUUUCCCUAAACUCUAGAAACCCCAUGGUGACGGGAACAUCAGUGCUGGGAGUGAAGUUUACAGGUGGAGUCAUCAUCGCAGCUGACAUGCUGGGCUCCUAUGGUUCCCUGGCACGUUUCCGUAACAUCUCUCGCCUCAUGAAGGUGAAUGACAGCACCAUCCUGGGAGCUUCCGGCGACUACGCAGACUACCAGUACAUGAAGCAGAUAAUCGAACAGAUGGUGUAAGUUUGAGGUUUCUUUCAGAAAAAUCUGAUAUGCUGUCUUGGUCCUUUAUGCUGAAUAUUUCCAUUGAUAAUGGUAUAAAAAAUAUGUUUGUUUGAUCCAUUUAUUUAAUUUUAUUGUAGACUCUUGUUGGUUAAAAGGCACAUACACAGCAAAUAGAGUAGUUCAUAAUAUAGUAGCAUUCAUAAUAAUAGUGUGGUUUUAGAAAGGAGAAACAGUGAGAGAUGCCCUCGGCUUUGUAUGCUUAACUCAGAGACAUUGGCAUACAGAGGCGUUUGCAUAUGCUAGUGUCAACAUUUGUUUAUAUGCAGAUAUUAUCCAUUGACAGAGAAGUAUAUGAAUAUACACUACAUGGGAGUAAAUAAAUAAGGAAUGAGGCUGCGUUAAAUGAGGAACUCUAACUUUUUCCCCCAAUCAGUCAAUUGAAAGUGGCUUGGAUGAGGUCUUUACUAGAAGGGAAUACAUUUCAGAUGCAAGACCUCUUUUUCCAAGUAGUACCUUAUGAAAGGGGUGACGACUGUUAAGCUUAGUUUCCCAAGGUACCCCAUAAGCACUCCUAGCAAAACAUAAUUGUAAGUAGAAAAAUAACGAAGUGCCAGGCAGGUUGUGCUUUUGUUGGAUGUCUUGGAAUGCGCAGAGACCGUCAUCCCCAAAAAUGUCUGUACGUGUUUUAUUCUUGUUUUUUUGUUCUUCCAGAUACAUUUGGAGAUUAAGGAGUUAAUUUUCUUCCAGUAGCCAAUCAGGUGGUGCUACAGGGAGCAUUGAACUGAGAAAAUGUAUUAGUGGAAGGAUGUUCAUUUUAACCAUUGAAACAUGCGAUGGAAAUUAAUUAAUCUGUCCAUGUUUUUUUACAUCUUUAAGGACUUUGAUAAAAUUAUUAUUAUUUAAAAUAUUUCGCAAGGAGGGAUACAUUUGGACACCCAGAUAUCUAAAAUGCUGGACCACUGGGAUAUUUAAAGGAAUAGAUGACUCUAGUCUAUUGUUCAGUGGUAGUAAUGCAGACUUCCCCCAAUUGAUAUUGUAUCCUGCAAUUUUGCUAAAAGCCUUGGAAGAUAUCUAAAAGGUGGGGAAAAGAGUGAGAAACAAUCUAGAAGAAUAACAUGUCAUCAGUAUAGAGAUGUGAUGUUUGGUGCCAUAGAUUGUAAUAGGAUCAUAGCAGACUAACUAGGGGUUCGAGAGAUAAGGCAAAUUACAAUGAAGACAUCCUUGGCGUGCACUUCUGGAGAUGGAAAACUAACUGGAGCCGAUGUUUCCAGUUAGAACAAUUGCAGAUGAAUUGAAGUAUAGGGUCUGGAUCAUUGAUGCAAAGUAUAAUAAUGGGUUUUAAGGAGUUUGGGGGGGUCGCUUUGUUUUGAAUGGUUUCUGGCAUUAAGGAAUAAUUUCCCUUAACUUGGGGUGCUGAAACCUUUGCUUGGUUAUCUCCCUGAGGACCACCAGUUAUCAGGUCUGUGUGUUUGCGUCCCAGGAUCGACGAGGAGCUCCUGGGUGACGGUCACAGCUACAGCCCCAAAGCCAUUCACUCCUGGUUGACACGGGUAAUGUACAACCGCCGCAGCAAGAUGAACCCACUGUGGAACACUGUGGUCGUCGGUGGAUUCUACAAUGGCGAGAGGUGGGAUGAGUUUUCAGCGUCUUUGUCCUUAUCAGAAGUCAUGCCAAGAAGUGGAACUCUUGAAAUUGAUUAGAAAUGUAGGAGUGCCGUUUACAAUGUUGUCAUGUUCGAUCGAAUAGUUUAACCAUGACCGUGUUUUAAACCAUAACCCUGGUUAGUUUUUGCCUUUAACAAACCUCAUACCAUGGUCUUGAUGUUAACAUCAAACUGACUUCAGACAUGCAGCUAUAAAUAUAUUGUAACUAGCUACAUCAAAUUAAAUGCAUAACUUGUCAUCUUGUAUUUCUCUAGCUUCCUGGGCUACGUGGACAAGCUGGGUGUGGCCUAUGAGGCACCUACAGUGGCGACAGGGUUUGGUGCUUACCUGGCCCAGGUGAGGACAAAUGAGCUAAUGAACACAUAAGGGGACUGCUACUGAGAGGCAGUAAUACAUUCUAAACUAUGAAACGUGUAGAAAUGGAAAGAUAAGAUGCCAUAGUUUCUAUUCGCAUGAUUGGCUAAAGUUGGCAUUUAUUUUUCAAGUCGUCAAGCUACACUUGUUCAUAUAGAAAUAGUGGCAACCCCUUCAGGGACAAGAAACUGAAUGAGUAUAAUUGGAAGUAAUCUGUACUGCAUGAUGCGUCUGCAUCAAAUUCUGAUGUUACUUCAUGGUAAUACUGUACGUAAAAAUGAAUGUUCCACAGUUGGAGUUCUACACGGACUCUUGCGGUAUGUAUGGGUUUGUUUAGUGUGUAAGGUUAUUCUAUGUGUCCAUGCAGCCCCUGAUGAGGGAGGUGGUGGAGAACAAGGUGGAGAUCACUAAGGAUGAGGCGCGGGCGCUGAUUGAGCGCUGCCUUAAAGUGCUGUACUAUCGCGAUGCUCGCUCCUACAACAGGGUGAGUCGUUAGUCUCAGAACACUCCUGAAUUUUUAUGAGAUUUCAUUUUCGAAAGCACAUAGGGAAUGUUUCUGUUUUGAAGCUACCAGUCUCGUAGCUAUUGUGAAAAAUGACUGAUGUUUGUCUGUUUUUAGCAUGAGAUUGCCAUUGUGACAGAAGAAGGUGUGGAGAUUACUGGCCCCAUGUCCUGUGAGACCAACUGGGAAAUUGCCCACAUGGUCAGGUAGGUUAUAGCCACAUGACUCAUUUUGACUGUCCAGUCAGAAGUGUCCAACAACAAGAUCCAUCAAGUUGGCAUGUUUAGUGUACUUGUGUGUAGUAUAUCACUUGAGGAAUAUUCUGUUUUAAAGCUGCUGUCAUAUGUCCUAAAUUGAUCAUAGCAUUUAAUUGAAAAGAUACAUUGUAGAGCUUGUGGAAUAUUUCACACAGCAUGUGCCUGUAUCUUAUGUGAUAUGACAAUGUAAUAAGGAUGUCAUUUUCUUUUAUUUUUCAGUGGGUUUGAAUGAGGAUGAUGUUGGCGAUUCAGGACUGUACGUUAAGCCACACUAUUGGUCUGUUCCAUGACAUUCUAAAAUGUUACUGCUUUGAUAAGACUGCUAUGUAACCAAUUUAAUUUUUCCCCUUUUGUAAUAUGAAAAAAAUGUCAACUUCUGAAUGGUUGAGUUAUUUAAACUUGAAUGACAGUCAGGCUUAAAAUAAAUAUCUGGUGAAGUUCUGAGAUUCUAUUCAUAUACUGUAAUUGGAAAGGUCCACACACAAGCAGAGAUGAGGGCAAAUGUUAUUGGGAGGAAAAAUGACACUUAAACACUUUUUCUUUAUAUACCAACAUCAAAAAGUGGUAAAAGAGGACCCUGUGUCAAAAGCAGAUCUUGUCUGCUUCCAUGUUAAUCACAAAUUAUUUUUGGUUCAACCAUACAGAACUGCACCUGACUAUGCUGUUAGUACCACAAAGGAAAACCCACCAUUAAAGGAGGCCUGACACUUUAUUUCUUAUUUAAAAAUGGAGACUCAUUCAGGUGAUAAGGAAAAUAAAAAUAUGUAAAUAACCUCCCGAGUGGUGCAGUGGUCUA